AUGGGCGCGGGGACGCCGGGCCGCCGCGCCGGGGAAGGGUUUGCAAACCGGGAAGGGCGGGCGUCGGCGGCCCGGCCGAGGUGGGGCGGGGCCGGGAGGCGGAGCUCGGCCUGCGGCCCCUCGGAGCCCCGACUCGCAGUGGCCGCGGCGGCCGGGGAGGCGGCGGCGGCGGCGGCGGCGCGGCGGCGCGGCGGCGACACCGUGGCCAUGGCCUCCGAGGAUGACUUUCAUCACAGUUCAAACUCCACCUACAGAACGGCAAGCAGCUCCCUCUGCACUGACCAGGAAACACUGCUUGAGAAGCUGCUCGACCACCCACCGCCUGGCCUGCAGAGGCCCGAGGACCGCUUCCAUGGGACCUACAUCAUCUUCUUCAGCUUGGGCAUUGGCGGCCUACUGCCGUGGAACUUCUUUAUCACUGCCAAGGAGUACUGGGUAUUCAAACUCCGCAACUGCUCCAAGCCAGCCUCGGGGGAGGAACCCGUGGGUUCGGACAUCCUGAACUACUUUGAGAGCUACCUGACCGUCGCCUCCACCGUCUCCUCCGUGCUGUGCCUCAUGGCGAACUUCCUGCUCGUCAACAGGGUUCCGAUUCGUGUCCGUGUGCUGGCCUCACUGACUGUCAUGCUGGCCAUCUUCUUGGUGAUGACUGUGCUAGUGAAGGUGGACACCUCUUCCUGGACCUCUGGCUUCUUUGCUGUCACCAUUAUCUGCAUGGCGAUCCUCAGCGGCACCUCCACCAUCUUCAACAGCAGUGUCUUCGGCAUGACCGGCUCCUUCCCCAUGAGGAAUUCUCAGGCGCUGAUAUCAGGAGGAGCCAUGGGGGGCACCAUCAGUGCCGUGGCCCUGCUGGUGGACCUGGCGGCGUCCAGCGACGUGACGGACAGCACCCUGGCCUUCUUCCUGACGGCGGACGUCUUCCUGGGCCUCUGCGUCGGCCUCUACCUGCUGCUGUCGCGGCUGGAGUACGCCAGGUUCUACCUGAGGCCUGCUUGGCCAGCCCACGUGUUUUCUGGGGAAGAUCAGGCACCCCAGGACUCGCCCAGCGCCCCUUUGGCAGCCCCUGGGUCCCAUGACCCCUCCAUACCACCCCUCCGCCCCAUCCUGAAGAGGACAGCUGGUCUGGGCUUCUGUGUCGUCUACCUCUUCUUCAUCACCAGCCUCGUCUUCCCCGCCAUCUCCACCAACAUCGAGUCCCUCGACAAGGGCUCGGGCUCGCCGUGGACCACCAAGUUCUUCGUCCCCCUCACCACCUUCCUCCUGUUUAACUUUGCCGACCUGUGUGGCCGGCAGGUCACAGCCUGGAUUCAGGUGCCAGGGCCCAGGAGCAAGGUGCUCCCUGGGCUCGUGCUCCUCCGGACCUGUCUCCUCCCCCUCUUCAUGUUCUGCAACUAUCAGCCCCGCAGCCGCCUGCACAUGGUCCUCUUCCGGUCUGACCUCUACCCGGUGCUCUUCACCUGCCUGCUGGGACUCAGCAACGGCUACCUCAGCACCCUGGCCCUCAUGUACGGGCCGAAGAUCGUGCCCCGCGAGCUGGCUGAGGCCACCGGGGUGGUGAUGUCCUUCUACCUGUGCUUGGGCCUGGUCCUGGGCUCGGCCUGCUCUGCCCUUCUCGUGCACCUCAUCUAGAAGGGGGGUGAUGGCAAGAACCUCGGUGCCGUGCGACAGACACUUGCGAGCCCUGGUGAGAUGGGGAGUGAGUGCCGGGAGCGCUGGGGCAGCGUGCAGAAGGGAGCUGCAGCUGGGCCGGGUGCAGAGCCGAGCACACCCGGGCCUCCCCACUCCCCGGGGAGCAGGAGCUGUGCCAAGCACACAUUCCACGUGCAAGAGCUCUCCUGAGACCGUUGAAGGAGACCAAAAGACAUCUGAAUGGGGCACAGUGACCACAGUUACUCAGGGGACAGUGGGCGUGCCUAUCACUUUUCUAGCUGCUGGUUACAUUCUGCCUUGUUUUAUAGCUUCUUGUGAACUUCUUCACCAGUGUUGACUCCAAGCUGUUACAAGGCCAGUGCCAAAACCCAACCACAGGCCCUUUGCCUCUCCCGGUCUUGCUCCCUCCAGGGGACAGCGUGAUGUGACAGUUCCCAGCCCUCCCUCUCCAGGGGGUUCCCCUAGAAUGGAAAUCCCCUGGAGGGACACCUGGCGGCUCAGUCAGUUAAGCGUCAGACUCUUGAUUUCAGCUCAGGUCUUGAUCUCAGGGCCCUC